AUGCAAACUCUCUAUGUUACCUCUGGCGACGAUGACUUUUUCCAUCGUCAACAUGAGAAACCGCCGACUUCCGCCCUGGAGCACUUUGAAGCUGCGACACGGAAGGAAGCUCAGGGAAACUUAGGAUCAAGCUUAGACCUGUACAGAAAGGCUUACAGGCUUGAUUCCAAUGUCGACCAAGAGUACAGGAAAAAGCACUUUCCUCAAGUCAUGUCAGUGCCAAGCAUUAACCCUUCCGCACAGCUGGUCACCGUUCCAAAACCUGCCCAUAUUUCACAGGAAAAACCCGGGAUUUCUACGGCGGAGCUAAUUUCCUCCUUCGCCGCAUGCCCCAUUCUCGGUGCUGGCCCAACCAUUGAAGAUGAACCACCCCCGCCUUGUCCCAUCUCCAGAGUCCCAUCUGAAGUGCUUGUAGAGAUUCUCUGGCAUGUGGCUCUUUUGGAUCCUGCUGCCUUCGGGCGUCUGUCCUCUGUCUGUAAAAGAAUGGCAUACCAUUUUGCCCAUGAGCAGCACAUUUGGAGGAGGCUCUGUCAAGGUUCUGAAUUCGGGUUCGGGGCCAUGCACUAUGACUUCGCAUGUGAUAACAUUUCCUGGAAUACUCCAAUCCACAUCGUGACAUAUUAUCGAUAUUUGCGUUUCUACCCGGACGGUAGCGUGAUUUCGCUGCUGACAACUACUGAGCCAGUCGACGUUGUCCGUUAUAUCAGUAAAAAAAACCUCGAAACCUUGCAUGUUGGGACGCACUCACACCGUCGACACCAGCAUCACACUUCGGAUUCUGCUCAAGCGGUAGUUCCUGUUGCGAACCCAAUUCCCCCAGUUGCCGCCACAACACUAAAAAGUUGUCUUCGUGGCCGAUGGCACCUUAAUAACCCCUACCCGGCACCACCAGAAUCUGAGCAGUCCGAAGCGUUGCCCAGCGCUCCACUCAUGACGUCAACAUCAACGCCCGCAGCAAAUCACACCUCAUCUCCCAGCAAACUUCAUCAAGCAGCUCCCGCGCCCACUUCUACUAGUGGCAAUGAAUCACUACCAGAUCCCCGCGAUCUGUUUAUCGAAACUGAAGGCGUAGAUCCAAAAUAUACGUAUACAAUGCACCUAGCACUCCGAUCGGCUAGCGGUGGCCGGCCUGUUGGGGAGAACACGGCGUCUCCGUCCAACCCGUCGAAAAACACGAAGUUGAUGUGGAAGGGGUUUUGGAGCUAUAAUCGACUCACUGACGAUUGGGCGGAGUUUGGGUUACGGAAUGAUAGGGCUUUUGUGUUUAGGAGGGUUCGGGGAUGGGGGAUGGGAUAA